UGCGCCUCCGGAUAACAGAUGGCGUUAAAACCGAAGGUAAAACGAAUUGAAUGAAGCUAAGAGAGACGUCCGUGCGUAUGCAAUCUGUGGGUAAGAGAAGGAUGGAAUCGUUGAACGUAAGCGAUAUGUUGUUGCGGAAAGUAUGAUGUUGUACGUUUGUCUUCUGUUGCGUAGUGUCUUUAGUUCGGCGCCAUUGUGGUAGUGAGGCGGACAUAUUUUCCGCCAUCUUUGUGCGACCAUCUUUUAUAAACAAUAUAUAAAUUCGGCGGCGGUAAUGGCGGAUCAAAAUAUAAUGUGCGAGGUCGAGAUCCAGCCGGACAUACAGGAAUGCGUCGAAAUCGAAACAAUUCCCGUUGAACUGAAUGACACCGUGGAAACGAUUGUCGAAUGCGGAGACACAAUGAUGCAAACGUUAGAGGGCAGGGAUAUUAUUUUAGAGGCCCAGGAGGAGAUCAUCGACGACACCGGCGACCAUCUGAAUCUGUACGAGGUGCCGGUGCCGGACGGCUCCGACAUCUACAUCGAAUCAUCACCAGGACCUGGGCCGUCCUCCAAGCAGCGCAAGAAGAACGCCCUGAAGAAUAGGAACAUCUUGUCGAGGCGCGACAACGAGAUCAUGCUCGGAGACGUUCACGUCGAGCCGCGGCCGCGCAAAUGGGAACAAAAACAAGUCCAGAUUAAGACCAUGGAGGGUGAAUUCUCCGUCACUAUGUGGGCAACGAGCGACGAUGAAGUCUCAAAUCCUGAUCCAGAUCCAGAUUAUACAGAAUACAUGACCGGCAAAAAGAUACCAACAGAUGCAAUCCCUGGGCUUGAUCUGUCUGACCCUAAGCAGCUGGCUGAAUUCACUCGGCCAGGUAUUAAGAGUCCCCGGAUGAGACGCCCAAACCAGGAUUCCUCUGAUAGAACUAUUGCUUGUCCACACAAAGGAUGUAACAAGAUGUUCAGAGAUAACUCAGCUAUGAGGAAACACUUGCAUACACACGGACCGCGAGUGCAUGUGUGCGCCGAAUGCGGGAAAGCAUUCGUGGAGUCCAGCAAGCUGAAACGCCAUCAGCUGGUCCACACUGGAGAGAAACCGUUCCAGUGCACGUUCGAAGGCUGCGGCAAGAGAUUCAGUUUAGAUUUUAAUUUAAGGACCCACGUGCGUAUACACACAGGCGACCGUCCAUACGUCUGUCCCUUCGACGGAUGCAACAAGAAGUUUGCGCAAUCCACCAACUUGAAGAGUCACAUUUUAACGCAUGCGAAAGCAAAAUCGCGGAACGCUUUGAAUCGCGGAAACUCGGGUAUGCAGAUCAUCCAGCCGCAGUUUGUGAAAGUUGAAAUGACUGAGGUCGAUCAAAAUUACAUUGUUUACGCUGAUUAGAUUUUAAGUCGAUAAAUAUGAGAUGUGAAUGUCCUUGUGUAUUCACAAAUCCACAGAAGUUUAUGCAGCUUAUAGAAAAAGGGUUACUUGAUAUGAAAAAAAAAAACAAAUAACAGGAACAAGAGAAUGACAUGGAUUGUAUAUAGUUAUAUAUAAUAUGUAUUUAAGUAGUUCAAGAAAGUUUUAUUUUAUUAUAAUGUAGCUAUAACAUUUACUUUCAUUGUUUAUUAUAUUAAUGUAAUUAAUAAUUUUACGUGUAUGUGAGCAUCGCUUUUGGUUGAACAAAGUUUCCAUGAUAUAUUUAUAUAAAUAAAACAUUAAAAACAAUGUUACAUUGGGCCAUCUUUUUAUUGUUUUCUUUGUUCUCGGAUUCAAUUGUAUGGUAUGAAAUGUCAUCCGAUUCAAACCGAUGGAAACUUUCUUGAACCGAAAGCAAUUUUUCUUUAGUUAAUCUAUAACAUAUAGAGAGACACACAAACACACACACAACCUUGUACAAAGCAUUUUAUUAAUUAACAUGAUAAUUUUGUUAGAUAUUAAGAUAUCCGUAUAUAUUGUAAUAGGUAUAUAUAUUUUUCUAAAUUAUUUUAUUUUGUAUCGAAAAUGAAUUAAUAUUUUUUUCCACUGGAUAUCUCCGGGGAGGAAAACCGCUCUGAAAUAGGAAUCGUUUUCUUCCCCUCGAUCAUAUAAUGAUAGAAAGAACGAAGCAAGCAACGGUGCACUCGUGUUUAGUAUACUAGUUUGGACUGAUUAUUAUUUAGUUUAACAAAAUUACUUUGCGAAUCGCAUAUGUUAAUGUUUUUAAAUACAAUUCAUUUAUAAAAUAUUGUAAUUAUUAAUUAUCUCGUUUGCUGGACAGAUGGAAUCUUGUGAUGUUUAAUUUUUUUUCAUAGUUUUACCAAAAAAAAAAAAUGCUAGGUAAUUUAUCGAACAUGUUCUUAGUUUAAUUUUCUUCCAUUUAUGUGUGUUAGUGUAAAACAAACAAAAAAAAAUGCUAAUUGUAGUUUUUAAUUGCCGGAGCACAUGUAUAAUAAUACCUAAGAGAAAAAUAUUAAGACAUUU